AAAUUAAACACCAAGCACCAAUCAAAUGAAAAAAACUCCAUCACUCAUUAAUUGGUCAAAAUCAAGACUAUGAGAAAAUACAACAAGAACUUUUGUAUAUAAAACUCUUAGCUCCAUCAUAUUUUUUUAUAUACACAACAUCCAUUUCCCCUUCAACAAAACAUCAACCAAGAAAAUGAUAACAAAACCUAUGUAUGGUUUUUUACUUCUCUUUUUCUUCUUAUUCACGUUCAACAACCAAAACAUAUCAUAUGCACAAGAACCACCAAGCAUAUCAGGAUAUAAAUGUAAUCCAAACCAAUUUAAUCCAUGUCAAACUUAUGUUUUUUUCAGAGCUAAAGGACCAGAGUUUCUUGAUUUAGCCUCAAUUGGUGACCUUUUCUCAGUUAGCAGGCUAAUGAUAGCAAACCCUAGUAAUAUUUCCAACCCAAACACAACUCUUGUCAAUAACCAACCCCUCUUUGUACCAAUCUCAUGUUCUUGCAACACUGUCAAUGCAACUUUUGGUAGCAUAUCUUAUGCUGGUCUAAAUUACACUUUUAAACCAGGUGACACUAUGUAUGGUAUAUCAACUUCCAAAUUUGGAAAUCUUACAACUUAUCAAUCUGUUGAAGCUAUUAAUCCAACUGUUGUACCAGAAAAUAUUGAUAUAGGUCAGUCUAUAAAAUUCCCAAUUUUUUGCAAGUGUCCAAAUAGUACAACACAGCCAAGAUUGUUAGUCAGCUAUGUUAUUCAACCUUCUGAGAACAUUUCUUCAAUAGCUUCAAGAUUUGAGACAACCCCACAAGCCAUAAGGGGUAUUAAUGGAAAUAACACCAAGCCUCUUGAUACCCUUUUCAUCCCACUUACUAAUCUUCCUAAUCUGCCACAAAAUACUUCAAACACCCCACCCCCACCUCCACCCCCUACAUCACUCCCACCCAUAGUCCAAGAGAAUGACAGAAAAGGAACUAUCAUAGGACUAGCAAUUGCUUUAGGACUUUGUGGGGCACUGUUAAUUUUGUUUGUUGGUUUAUUUUACAAGGAGAGAAAAGUGAAAAAGGAAAAGUACAGUGAUGUAGAAAGACAAAAAAGCCAGUAUCUAGGAUCAAAAAAGGGGUCAUUUGAUAAGGAUGUUGAGGUAAAUUUGAUGGCUGAUGUAUCAGAGUGUUUGGAUAAGUAUAAAAUGUAUAAAAUUGAACAACUUUGGGAAGCAACAGAUGGAUUUGAUGAAGGGUGUUUGAUUCAAGGAUCUGUGUAUAAAGGAACAAUUGAUGGGGAAAAGUUUGCUAUCAAGAAAAUGAAGUGGAAUGCUCGUGAAGAACUCAAAAUCUUGCAAAAGGUGAACCAUGGGAAUUUGGUGAAGCUAGAAGGCUUUUGCAUAGACCCUAAAGAAGCAAAUUGCUACUUAGUUUAUGAGUAUGUUGAAAAUGGUUCGCUACAUUCUUGGCUUCAUGGUGACAAACCUGAAAAAUUGAGUUGGGUGACAAGAUUAAGAAUUGCCACAGAUGUUGCGAAUGGUCUCUUAUAUAUACAUGAACAUACAAGGCCAAGAGUUGUCCACAAAGACAUAAAGAGUAGCAACAUCCUCCUAGAUGCCAACAUGAGAGCCAAAGUUGCCAAUUUUGGGCUAGCUAAAUCAGGGUGCAAUGCCAUAACAAUGCACAUUGUGGGUACUCAGGGGUACAUCGCCCCUGAGUACCUCACCGAUGGUAUUGUAUCCACUAAGAUGGAUGUUUUCUCCUUCGGGGUUGUGCUGCUCGAGCUUGUGUCAGGGAAGGAGGCUAUCGAUGACGAAGGGAAAGUGUUGUGGGCUAAAGUUGGCGAGUUUUCGGAAGGGAGUGAAGAGAGGAAGGUGAGGAAAUUGCAAGAAUGGAUGGAUGAAAGUUUUCUUAGGGAGGAACUUACUAUGGAGAGUGUUGUCAAUGUGAUGUCUGUGGCUAUUUCUUGUGUGAAUAAAGAUCCUUCAAGAAGGCCUGGGAUGGUGGAAAUUGUGUAUGCCUUGUCUAAAAGUAUUGAUCUAUUUUCUGAUGUAUCAGAGGAAGGACUAUCUCCAAGGCAAGUCACAGCAAGAUAGGCUACAACUUAUGGUCCUUGUGGAGAACCAUACAAGGGUGAGCAUAAGUCGAUUCGGUCCAGUUUUAUGUCCCUGAUAGCAUAUAUGUAAAGUAGUUUUGAAGUGGAGUACUAUAUUGCGUAUUGAGGUUUUUCCUUUGCUUUAAAGUUUGCUUCUAUAUAUGUGUAAUACUCUUAUAUUAUCUUUUCUAGUCUUAGUGGAAAAUCCAAUUUCGAAUAAGAGGAUGUUUAAGGUUGUUCAAGUGGAGUAUAUAUAUUUGUACCACAUGUUUAUGUUAUGUAACUCGAAUUCUUUAUUACUUGAUGUUUUGCUCCAAUGUUAUAUUAAUAUAUUAUUCAUGCUUCA